UUUCAAAAAUGAUGCUGGAGCAAUUCGUUUUUCAUAUUUAAAAGUCGUAAAUUGGAUACCAUAAGUAAAAAUCAGCUCCAGGUGGAUUCAAAACAUAAAUGUAAAAUGCAAAAAUAUAAAAUUUCUGGAAGAAAAUAUAAAAGAGUGUCUUGAUAUCUGGGUAUUUCUAGAAUUUCUAAAGCAAGACAUAAAAUGCAUAAAUCAUAAAAGAAAUGACUGAUAAUCAGAGUGCAUUAAAACUUUCAUUUAUCAGAAAACACUAUUAAGAAAGUAAAAAGAUAAGCCAUAAACAUAACCAAUAAAAGAUUAGUAUAAGAUUAUAAACAGAACCCUAAGAAUCUAUAAGCAAAAGAAAAAUAAACCAAUAGAAAGAUAGGCCAUAAGGUAGAAUAGGCUCAGAAUAGGCUCUUUUAAAAAGAGAAAACUCAAAUGGCCAGCAGUUGAAUUAAAAGAUGCUCAAACUCAUUAGUAAUCAGGGAAAUGCAAAUUAAAAUCAUAAUAAAAUAGUAUUCCACACUUACUUGAAUCAUAAAAAUAAAAAAGUCUGGAAAAUACUGAGGGUUGGUAAGCAUGUGGAGGAAGUAGAACUCUCAUUCAUAACUCUCUGUAGUAUACAUUUAGGUGGUCACUUUGGAACGGGCUUAGAAUUACAUAGCAAAGUAGAAUAUGUGCAAAUCUCAGGACCCAGGAAUUCUACUCCUGGGUAUAUACCUUAGAGAAACUGUAGCAUAUGUGUGACAUUUGAUCAACAUUGUUCCGUCAUCAUAUCUAUCAGUAGUGGGAUGAAUGAAUACAUUAAUGUAUAUUCGUUCAUGCAAUGGCAUAUUAGAUAGCAGUGUAAAUGAACUGUAAUUACAUGUACAUGUAUGAAUCUCAAAAACCCAAUGUUGAAAGAAGCAAACCACAGAAGCAUACAUACACCCUGCCAGGUUUCAUUUACAAAAAGUUCAAAAACAGGAAAAAACUAAACAAGAUAUUGUUUAGGGAUGCAACUAUAGUUAGUAAAAAUAUAAAGAAAAAUAACGGAAUGAUUACCCCAAAUUUCAGGAUAGUGAUUACAUCUGGUGGGGUAGAGGAGAGGAAGAAGAUAGAUGUGAUCAGGGAGGGAAACAAAAAGAGCUUUAAGAUACUGGAGAAAAAUAGUCUAUUUUCUUUAAUCUGAGUAGCGAACAUACAGAUAUUUGUUCCUUAAAAUUGUUCUUUAAGUUACAUAUAUAUGUUUUAUAUACUCUUCUGUGUAUAUUUCACCAUUUUAGAAAAGGAAAAAAAAUCAGUGCCCAGAGCUGAACAUACAACUCUAGUUAAUCUGCCCAGAGCUGAACAUACAACUCUAGUUAAUCUAUCAUACUAGAAGACAAUCAUCUCCAUUCUUUUGAGUGCUCUGCCCCUGUUUAUUUUGAACCAAAGUGUACAUUUAUACUUGUUAAAUUUUCUCUUAUUGUAUUUGGCCCUUCUUUUCACUUGUCCUUCCAGCCAGUCAAGCUCUCCCCAAAGCCAUCAUCAUAUAUGUCAAGCAUGGGUCAUCCUCCAGGGCAACUGGUAUGCUAAAGUUUCUGAGCCAGCCGGGCUGAAAUCCAAAUGGCAGCUGGCAGACGUGGCAACACUUUGAAACAGCUUCCUUACCACACACGCUUCCCUCCCUACUUCUCCUGAAGUCAUCUGUUAAUGGACCCAGACUAAUUAUCUUUUUUAUGAGAAACUUUAGCAAAUCUUUUAUCUAGGAAGGCAAUGCUUUGCAUUAGGUCAUGUUGAUAAGGUGAUGAGAGAGAAUAUUUCAUCCAAGAAUACUGCUAUUUCCUGAAGGGGUAAAAACCCCACAGGGAAAACCCCUGUGGUUCUCAUAGGUAGGGCUGGUCUAUCUAAGCUGAUAGCACAGUUCCGUCCAGAGAAGGGAGGCAGAAUAAACUUAUUCAUUCUCGGGGACUCUUGGGAUAGGUGUGCGUUUUUCACAUCUUGAAGACUCACAAGUCUGGAUAAAUGUCCCAUUCCUGAAGGACCUCUCCAGAAUCCGGAUUGCUGAAUCUUCCCUGCUGCCUAGAGGGGCUCCAAAGCACCUCUUGACAAUGGGAAACUGCGUGGUUAAUCACUGGUUUUCAGUUUUGUUUCUGGCUGUUUGGUUGGGGCUGAAUGUUUUCCUGUUUGUGGAUGCCUUCCUGAAAUAUGAGAAGGCCGACAGAUACUACUACACAAGAAAAAUCCUUGGGUCAACAUUGGCCUGUGCCCGAGCGUCUGCUCUCUGCUUGAAUUUUAACAGCAUGCUGAUCCUGCUUCCUGUGUGCCGCAGUCUGCUGUCCUUCCUGAGGGGCACCUGCUCAUUUUGCAGUCGCACACUGAGAAAGCAAUUGGAUCACAACCUUACCUUCCACAAGCUGGUGGCCUAUAUGAUCUGCCUACAUACAGCUAUUCACAUCAUUGCACACCUGUUUAACUUUGACCGCUAUAGCAGAAGCCGACAGGCCACAGAUGGCUCACUUGCCUCCAUUCUCUCCAGCCUAUCUCAUGAUGAGAAAAAGGGGGGUUCUUGGCUAAAUCCCAUCCAGUUCCGAAACACGACAGUGGAGUAUGUGACAUUCACCAGCAUUGCUGGUCUCACUGGAGUGAUCAUGACAAUAGCCUUGAUUCUCAUGGUAACUUCAGCUACUGAGUUCAUCCGGAGGAGUUAUUUUGAGGUCUUCUGGUAUACUCACCACCUUUUUAUCUUCUAUGUCCUUGGCUUAGGGAUUCACGGCAUUGGUGGAAUUGUCCGGGGCCAAACAGAGGAGAGCAUAAAUGAGGGUCAUCCUCACCAGUGUGCAGAGUAUUUUGAGAUGUGGGAUGAUCAUGACUGCCACUGUAGGCGCCCUGAGUUUGAAGGGCAGCCCCCUGAGUCUUGGAAGUGGAUCCUUGCACCGGUCAUUCUUUAUAUCUGUGAAAGGAUCCUCCGGUUUUAUCGCUCCCAGCAGAAGGUUGUGAUUACCAAGGUUGUUAUGCACCCAUCCAAAGUUUUGGAAUUGCAGAUGAACAAGCGUGGCUUCAGCAUGGAAGUGGGGCAGUAUAUCUUUGUUAAUUGCCCCUCAAUCUCUCUCUUGGAAUGGCAUCCUUUUACUUUGACCUCUGCUCCAGAGGAAGAUUUCUUCUCCAUUCAUAUCCGAGCAGCAGGGGACUGGACAGAAAAUCUCAUAAGGGCUUUUGAACAACAAUAUUCACCAAUUCCCAGGAUUGAAGUGGAUGGUCCCUUUGGCACAGCCAGUGAGGAUGUUUUCCAGUAUGAAGUGGCUGUGCUGGUUGGAGCAGGAAUUGGGGUCACCCCCUUUGCUUCUAUCUUGAAAUCCAUCUGGUACAAAUUCCAGUGUGCAGACCACAACCUCAAAACAAAAAAGAUCUAUUUCUACUGGAUCUGCAGGGAGACAGGUGACUUUUCCUGGUUCAACGACCUGUUGACUUCCCUGGAACAGGAGAUGGAGAAAUUAGGCAAAGUGGGUUUUCUAAACUACCAUCUCUUCCUCACUGGAUGGGACAGCAACAUUGUUGGUCAUGCAGCAUUAAACUUUGACAAGGCCACUGACAUCCUGACAGGUCUGAAACAGAAAACCUCCUUUGGGAGACCAAUGUGGGACAAUGAGUUUUCUACAAUAGCUACCUCCCACCCCAAGUCUGUAGUGGGAGUUUUCUUAUGUGGCCCUCGGACUUUGGCAAAGAGCCUGCGCAAAUGCUGUCACCGAUAUUCCAGUCUGGAUCCUAGAAAGGUUCAAUUCUACUUCAACAAAGAAAAUUUUUGAGUUAUAGGAAUAAGGACGGCAAUCUGCAUUUUGUUUCUCCUUUGUAUCUUCAGUAAUUUACUUGGUCUGGUCAGGUUUGAGCAGUUACUUUGGGGUAAGAAUGUACCUCUCAAGGCUUGACUCCUUGGUAUUCUUUUUUUUGAUUGCAUUCAACUUCAUUACUUGAGCUUCAGCAACUAAAGAACUUCUGAAGUUCUUAAAGUUCUGAAGUUCUUAAAACCCAUGGAUCCUUUCUUGGAAAAGUAACUGUAAACCUUUCUGGACAGCCAUGACUGUAGCAAGGCUUGAUAGCAGAGGUUUGGUGGUUGAGUUAUACAAAUAAUCCCAGGUGAUUUUAUCAAUUCUGGUGUUACCAUCUCCUGAAUUUUGGUUUGUAAUCUUUUGUCCCUCCCAUCCCCACAGAAGAUUUCUAAGUAGGGUGACUUUUUAAAUAAAAAUUUAUUGAAUAAUUAAUGACAAACAUAACAAUAAACAUAAAUAAUAAACAAAAUUACUGAGAACCCCAUCCCCAUAUAACACCAACAGUGUACAUUUUUACUGUCAUUUUUGAUACGGUCUUAUCCAGUGUGAACAGCAAUUUAUUCUUAUUUUUGCUUGUCAAAAAAUAAAGGAUUUUCUUUGCUUGAUGAAUGAGUCUUUUGUUACUUCUUUUUGGGCUCUCCAUUUGGGAAAGAAAAUCUCGAAAGUAUGCUAACUGUAAUUGAAAUUGUAUUAUAAUUGCAAGUCAGCUAUAUUGUCGUCUUGUAUUAUUCUGUUAAAAGCGAUUGUGAAAACCUGAACUCCAUGUUAGGAUGACUUAUUUAGUCAAGAGGAGCUCUUUAUCACUAUUUUUAUUAAAGGAGUUUAUUAAUGUCUAGUUUAAAAAAUAACAAUUUAUAAUUUUCAUAGACUUUUGUGGACUACCUAUAUCGCUAAGGAAUAAUUCAGCUAAUGACAUAAGCAAAACGCCUUCAUUCUCUAUCAGAAUGCUUUUUAUUUCUGCCAUCUACCCAACCUCAGCCUAGAAGGACCACACUGGCUCUGGGAUGUUAGGCGUCACAGUGACUCACUAGAAGGAGAGAAGCCCAGGGCUCUUGAGAGAAACCUCACACUUCAUUGUGCCCAGACAAUUCAACUCAUUAUAAAUUUAGAAGAAUGGUUCUACUGAAUUAGCAUUAUAUUAUCUAUUUUUUCUACCAUUAAGUGACCAAGAAUGAACAAAUGGUUGUUUCUAAUAUUUUAGGAAUCUCUAUGGCUUGAGGGAUAAAACUUUUUUUUUUUUGUCACUAGUCUGAGCACAAUAAAGGUAGGUCACGAACUCAUGGUGGCUAAUCACGUUUCAUUUAUUACAACAGUAAAAAAUACUGAUAGUUGUUUACAUAGGGAGGGAUACCACUGCUGUUGCCAAUUUGUUCACCCGGAUUUCAGCUAAUUCAGGUUUAAUAAGGCUUUGGGAAAAAUGCACAAUGAAACCUUGAAGACAUGGUUCUUAUUAGACAACUACUGACCAAAUGACAACUUCAUCUUCAAUGACCUUGAUUUGGAAUCUUGAAACUUACAAUGAGUUCCUAAUGAGAAAGGCAUCACUCUUGGUCUCCAUGUCUAAAUAUAGUCACACACUCACUUCAAGAUAUGAUGGCUGCCAAAAUCAAUAUCCCAAGGCUUGAAUAUUUAUGGAAGUAGACAUAAAUUCAUGAUUUAUUAUAUUCAUGGUAAUGAAAAUAAUAAAUCCUAUGCAUAGCCAACAUCUAAGUUGAACUGGGGAUGAGCAGCAUACACAGAAAGCUCCUCAUCUGCUUUGAGCAAGUUUUUCUUGCAAAGUUGUAAU